AUGGCGUUAAAUCUCGACCUCCAGAAUGCUUCUGUUAUAAAAGAUGAACAGGGGCGACCUUUCAUCAUUGUUAGAGAUCAAGGCAAGAAGAAGCGCCAGUAUGGAAACGAAGCAGUCAAAUCGCAUAUCCUCGCCGCUCGAACCGUUGCAAAUAUCGUCAAGACCUCUUUAGGUCCUCGCGGCCUCGACAAGAUCUUAAUUUCGCCCGAUGGAGAUAUCACGGUGACCAACGAUGGAGCUACCAUUUUACAGCAGAUGGAGAUCUCGAACCACGUUGCGAAGCUCCUCGUCGAAUUAUCUAAGUCUCAAGAUGAUGAGAUUGGUGAUGGUACGACCGGUGUUGUUGUUCUAGCCGGGGCUCUCUUAGAACAGGCCGCCGAACUUAUAGACAAGGGAAUCCAUCCCAUUCGAAUAGCAGACGGUUACGACCAAGCCUGUGAUAUCGCAGUAGCCGAGUUAGACCGGAUAUCAGAUAUUAUCGAGUUCAGCCGGGAAUCAACAGAGAACCUAGUUAAAGUAGCUCGGACAAGUUUAGGCAGCAAAAUUGUCUCCAAGGCUCACGACCAGUUCGCCAACAUUGCCGUAGACGCCGUUCUCUCCGUCGCUGACCUCGACCGAAAAGAUGUCGACUUCGAGUUGAUCAAGGUGGAUGGAAAGGUUGGUGGCGCGUUGGAAGAUACCAUUCUAGUUAAGGGUGUAAUUGUCGACAAGGACUUCUCACAUCCCCAAAUGCCAUCGGAAGUCAGAGAUGCCAAGAUCGCCAUUCUCACCUGUGCGUUUGAGCCACCGAAGCCCAAGACCAAGCAUAAGUUAGAGAUCACCUCAGUAGAGGAGUUCAAGAAGCUACAAAAUUACGAGCGGGAAAAGUUCAUCGAGAUGAUCCAACAGAUCAAAGAUACCGGAGCUAAUCUGGCUAUCUGCCAGUGGGGUUUCGACGACGAAGCUAACCACUUAUUACUACAGAACGAAUUACCCGCGGUAAGAUGGGUAGGUGGCCCAGAGAUCGAACUUAUUGCCAUUGCUACGAAUGGCAGGAUAGUACCUCGAUUUGAGGACCUGAAGGCAGAGAAGCUAGGCAAAGCCGGUAUUGUGCGAGAGAUGACGUUUGGUACUACAAGAGAAAAGAUGCUAGUGAUCGAGGAGUGCGCCAACACAAGAGCCGUGACGGUGUUUGUCCGAGGAAGCAACAAGAUGAUCAUCGACGAAGCCCGACGGUCUCUUCAUGAUGCUCUCUGCGUUGUACGAAACCUAGUCCGCGACAACCGUGUCGUGUACGGGGGUGGUGCCGCUGAAAUCGCUUGCUCGCUCGCGGUCGAGGACGCAGCUGUCAAGACGCCCGGGUUAGAGCAGUACGCGAUGCGGGCGUUCGCCGAGGCGCUAGACGCAGUGCCGAUGGCGCUCGCAGAGAACAGUGGAUUAAACCCCAUCGCGACGCUUGCUGAGGUCAAGUCCCAGCAAGUUAAGGCCGGCCCCGAGGGCCGCGGCAGACUUGGUGUCGACUGUAUGAACGGCGGCAGCAACGACAUGAAGCAGGCCUUUGUCAUCGAUCCUCUCAUCGGCAAGCGCCAGCAGCUUAUGCUUGCUACGCAGCUGUGCCGUAUGGUACUCAAGGUCAACAACGUUAUUGUUAGCGGCUCUGGGGACCAGGACUACUAG